ACUUUUACUACCGUCUGUCAAGUACAAUAAAAACAUGUGAACCCGAUUUUGUUUAUUUAUAAUCAUAUCUGCUUAGGAGUUUUUGAAUCAGCGUGAUAAUGGCUGUAUUUGGACCGAAUAAACGCCGAAAGAUCCCCGUUCCAAAACGGCACGGUAUUCGAGAUCCGCUGAAAAAACUAGCUGAACGUGAAGCAGCAAUUAAGGAUCAAGUGAACAACCCCCCAAAGGAACGAGACGUACAGGAGGUAUCAAAUCGGUUCAAGCGAUUUAUACAGCUCAAAGAACAAGCCCAAAAUGGCCCUCGAGCCCCGAACAGCCGGCGCCAGAAGCGCCAGCAGGAACGGAGCAACCUGCGAGUGGGCAGUUCGAUCGUUCAACAACUACCCAAGGAAUCCGAGGAAGCUUUUCUGAAGCGUGCCAGCAAAGUACAAGAGGAUCGCGUCCUUGAAGCCAGCUUCAGCAGCAAGUUCAAUGUUGAGGUCGAACGGAACGAGCAAACUGGCGCCGUUCGGUUGAAGAAAAAGAAAUCCUACGAAAUAGAUGAGCUGUUGAAGCGGAAGGCCAAAGAAGAGUCGAUAGGGGUAAAGCGGACCAAGCAAAUGGAAGCCAGAGAUGAGGAGAGGAAAAAGCAGAAACUUUCACUGUCGGAAAAACGAGCAUUGAAGAAACAGAAAGGGGACGAAAAACGUCGGAAAGAGGAGGACAAAUUGUUGGAGGAAUAUCAGCAGGAUACGUUUAAGUUCGGGGAGGUUGUCCACGGUCCUCCAACGCUUAACACUAAACCUAGACAUGCCGAAAAACUAGCUGGGGCUCCGAGGCCUGGGGUGAAAGGUCUUUUGCUUCAUAGUUUGCUCAACUCCAACAACGACCAGGAAGAACCCGAAGAAAGCAGACCAAAAAAGGAAAAAUCUAAGAAAAAGAAGCAAGAUCAAAAAGUCGAUUUGAAGGGAAAACGUAAGAAGUUGCCAAUAGCCACCCGCCUCAAGUUGGAACACGAGCAGCAAAAUGUUGUUGAGAUGUAUCGACAGCUGAAGAAGAUUAAGAAAGGUUAGAAGAAUAAAAAUAGGAUUUGUGAUUAAAACUAAUGUUUAUUAUGAA